AUGCCAGCGGUCACCAUCCGUGAGUUCAAAUGGCAGCUGAAAGACUUGCUCCCUGCGCGGAGAGUGAGCACGGUCGAGCUGAUCUUGGGGCUCAACAAGUUGACUGAUGAGUCGAAAACAGUGGAAGAGGCAGGUAUCUCUGAUGGGAGCGAGGUGCAGGUGCUCUUCCGGGCCAUUGAUCCAGUCGAAUGUUCCCACGGUCAAGACGUUUGUCGUGUCAAGCCUGGUCGCAUCUCCUCAUUGCUGGCGGUGAAGAUCCCCAUAUCGGUGACAGAGAUCCAACGGCACGCGUUUUGGAAUUGCAGGGCCUUGAUGAAAGUGGACAUUCCUGAUUCCGUGACUUCGAUUGGCCCUGGUGCCUUCAGAUAUUGCAGCUCCUUGGUGGAAGUGACCCUUCCGAACUCUGUCACUGUCAUUGGGGACGAGGCCUUCAAGGACUGCAGAUCAUUGCCUGAAGUGAUGAUUCCCACUUCUGUCACAUACAUCGGAGAAAGUGCCUUCAAAAGAUGUUGCUCACUCACAGCUUUGACCAUCCCCGACUCUACGACUUUCAUUGGAGGUGGUGCCUUCAAUGAAUGCCGCUCACUGAGGGAGUUUACAAUCCCAGAGUCCAUGACUCGAAUCGAAAGGGCUUGCUUUCAGAACUGCAGGUCGCUUAAGAGAUUGACAAUUCCCAACUCUGUGACUCACAUUGACUGCAGCGCCUUCGAAAGUUGCAGAUCAUUGACAGAAGUGACGCUGUCCAAAUCUGUGAAGCACAUUGGAGACUUUGCCUUCAAGAAGUGUACCUCUCUCAUGGCUUUGCGCAUCCCAGAUUCAGUGACUUGCAUUGGAGUCGAGGCAUUUAGCACUUGCAGUUGCUUGGUGGAAUUGAUCAUCCCAGAUGCUGUAACUAGUCUUGGAGCCAGCGCAUGCUACGAUUGUGCCUCAUUGGUGGAGGUGAAGGUCCCCAAGACCAUGAUGCGUAUUGAAGAUGGUUUCCUCCAAAACUGCAGCUCCCUGAUGAAGUUCACAAUCCCUGAUUCCGUCACUUUAAUUGGAGUUGGCGCUUUCAGCUACUGCAGCAUGCUGAAAGAAUUGUCCAUCCCUGAUUGUGUCACGCACAUUGGCGACCAUGCCUUCAAGAACUGUGGAUCAUUGCUAGAAUUGGCCAUCCCCAACUCUGUGACUUUUAUUGGCGAUUGUGCCUUCAAGAACUGCAGCUCGCUAGCAAAAUUGAUCAUUCCCAACUCCUUGAAGGGCAUUGGAGACUAUGUUUUCCACUUUUGCACAUCACUGACAGAAGUGACAAUCCCCACCUCUGUGACACACAUUGGCGACAGUGCUUUCAAGAGUUGCAAAUCGCUCAAGAGAUUGACACUGCCCAAUUCUGUGACGCACAUAGGAAAAUCUGCCUUCUGUGAUUGCACGUCCUUGGAAACAACUUUGCCAGACUCUAUCCGGCACAUUGGGGAGGAUGCCUUCGCAGGAACAAAGACCUCUGUCGCUGGCCUUCCCAAAAGGCGAAGGCUCGCGAAGGCUUCUGAUUCAAAUCGUUGA